CCUGGGAUGGUGGCGGAGGGAGCCGGGAGCACCCGGCAGGGCGGCCCUGGGCGCUGGGGGCGGCUCGCCCCGGCCCCGGCGCGGGGGACGGCCCGCGGGGGGGCUCGGCCGUCUCGGGUCCCCGCAGCCCCCGCCGCCGCCGCCGGUGAUGGCCAAGGAUGUCCUCGGAGGGGGAAGCCGCGGCGGCUGGUGAGAGCGGGCCGGGCAGCACCCCAGCGCCGGGGGCCGCCGCUGCCGCCGGGCGGGAGGAGCAACGCCCUGUGAAGCAGUCCCUGAGCGCUUGCAUGUGCCGAGAGUCGCACUGGAAAUGCCUCCUCCUCUCCAUCCUCAUGUAUGGCUGCCUGGGUGCUGUGGCCUGGUGUCAGCUGGCCCGGGUCACCAAGCUCAGCUUUGAUAGCUCCUUCAAGGGCAAGUCCAUGAUCUACCAUGACAGCCCGUGCUCGGACGGCUAUGUCUAUAUCCCACUGGCCUUCCUCUCUAUGCUGUACGUGGUGUACCUGGUGGAGUGCUGGCACUGCCAUGUCAAAAGAGAGCUGCAGUACAAGGCGGAUGUGGACAGUGUCUAUGAAUGCAUCAACCGCAUGCAGCAAGCCACUCCAUGCAUCUGGUGGAAGGCCAUCAGCUACCACUUUGUGCGGCGAACCCGGCAGGUGACCCGGUACCGCAAUGGCGAUGCCUACACCACAACGCAAGUCUACCAUGAGAGGGUCAACACCCACGUGGCCGAAGCGGAGUUUGACUACUCUCACUGUGGAUACAAGGACAUCUCCAAGGAGCUCCUGGGCCUGGAGAGCUACACAGCCACCAAGCUGAGGUUCACCAAGUGCUUCAGCUUUGCCAACACUGAAUCUGAGAACUCUUACCUGACUCAGAGGGCUCACUUCUUCACGGAGAUCGAGGGGCUGGAUGACUACAUGGAGGUGAGGGAAGGCAUGCAGCUCAAAAACGUGGACUUCAAAGAGCUUAUGAUGGCCUAUGGGGACCCCAAUCACCUCCCGUGGUACGUGUCCCACUAUGCUUUCUGGGUGGCAGCUAUCCUGAUGAUCUCGUGGCCACUCAGGGUACUCAUAGAGUAUCGGACUGCUUACGUCCACUACCAUGUAGAGAAGCUGCUGGGCCUGGAAUACACGGCACCCACCGUGGCAGAGGAGCCCUUGUACCGGUACCGCAUGCCCCGAGAUGCCACGCAGGACAGCACCGAGCUGGAGUGGCACAUCUGCACCAACCGGCAGCUGAUCCCCAGCUACUCGGAGGCCAUGCUCAUGGACCUGGCCGACUCCCCGGCUUACAACAGCUAUGCUGUGUGCCGGUACGGUGAAACAGCCCACGGCUGCGAACGCUGCAACCGUGCCUCCAGCACCUCCUCCAUCUUCUCACGCCACGCUUUCCACAGCUGCAGCGGCAACUCCCGCCUCUCCCUCAACACCAGCCGCUUCUCCCUCUGCCGCGUCCAUGGCUCCCACAGGACAGGCCUCUGGAGGAGCCACAGCAGCAGCAUCGCAGACCGGGGUUGCCAGGACGAGCAGUGCUGCUCCUACUCCAGCCAGCUGGCUGUCAAUGAAAACCCCCCAACCUACCACGACGCCCGCUUCUUCCCUGUCCUGAUUGUGCACAGGCCGGAGGGGCACGAUGGGCAGCAUUUCUACGUCAGGCGCUCCUCCUGUCUAGAAACCUCUCUGUGACAACCUCUGUGGUUUCUCAGCUCCUCUGUACCCGGGACAGGGCUCGCAGAGGUGCCACCAGUGGGGAGCCUGCAAGCAUCGGUCUCCAUAGCGGGUAGGCAGGACGGGCAUCAGCUCUUCCCCCUGCCAUUGCAGGAGGACACAGUUGCUCUGACCAACAGCUAACCUCAUUCCCAAGAGCUUCUCCCCCUCCUUCGAGUGGUCUCCCUAAGUCCUUUGCUCCCCUCUUUUUUUCGCUCUUCCACUCCUCACCCUUUCUCCGCCUGUCCUCCCACCCUGCCCUCAGUCUAUUUGUUUAAAGCUUCAGUCACAGUAUUUGCUGCUGGAGGAUUUAUAAAGCCUGUGCUUUGCAGUAUAUUUGCCCUCUUGGAUGCCCUGCGAGGUAAAAAACUCAGAGCAAGGUGAGAGGCACAUGGCCAGCCAGAGUCAAGUCAGAAGGAGAAUUCAGAUCUGCAGGUGCUGAGUCACCUCCUGCAAACCCCAAACAAGGUGGUUUUUUAUUUGUUUUAUUUUCACAGGUCUUUUUUUCCUUUUCUUCUGUCAUUUAUUCUCUCCUUUCUUCAUGUUCUCCUCCCCUCGCUUUACUCUCAUCUUUCUUUUUUUCCAGUUUUCUCACUUCUGCUUUCCAGUUUUUCUGGGGGCUUGCCAGUGAGGACGUGUUUCAGGGUGUAAUUGCCUCCCACUGGGCAAAAAUAAGGUUAUUCAUGGCACGACUGUCACUGACUGCUGACACAACCACAGACUAUGCCCCUGAGAAGUGCUGAGGACUAUCUUUCCAGAGCAGUGACGUACACCGAUAACGCAAACCCCCCUUUGCUCACCUUGCCCUGCCUGAUCUGCAGCAGAGACACGGCUGCGUUUCCAGUUGUACUUAACCCUGUCUGGCUCCACCCCUGUUAGCAAUCCUUGAGAGCUGUGAUGUAGCUCAGUGCCCUGUUAGUGCCACUAUUUUUAGGACUGUGGGUCUUGUUUGCGAUUGUUUCACUCCUACCACUUUCUCGGAGCAGUAUGGGCUGGAAAGGGGAGAGGGGCUGGAUUAGGAAAGGUAAAUAUGGUAUUAAACAUCCCAUUGACAGUCUGGAGUUGUUAGGAAAACUCUUCUACCCACAGCAUCUAUUAGAGCAGUUGCAGGACUGCUCCACAUUACCUUUCAGCUUUCCAUGUGCCCUGGGGAGGGCUUUUGGCCUGCAGCCCACUGCCGCCUUCCCACCUUCCCAGGCGAGAUGCGGUGCCACCCCAGCCCCAGGCAAGGAGCACAUCUGGGAGCCAGCCCCACUGGCCACUCCUGCUGGGGCUCCAGGCUCUUCCUGCAAGGCUUCCCCUGGAGCAGGCGCAGCACCUUCCAGAAUUAGUCCCAGCCAUGCCAAACACAGAAGGUGUCUGGUCCUGGCAGAGCGGGCUGCUGCACUGCGGGCUGUGGGCUGCCCUCCUGGACCGGCUGGAGACCCCCUGAGAGCCCAGAACCGAUCCGAGAAGCUUAUGGCCACACUGAGGAGCCACCAGGGACCUUACACCUGCCGAACCUCCAUCCCACAAGGGAUGGUCAUACACUGAGAAAGCUCCAUACCAUUUUGUCGUGUGAAUGGUGGAGGUUGUUAUCCACAGUGAUUCCCAGGAGAAUGCAAUGCGAUUGCAAUAGUCACUUCCGAAAACAAUGUGUUGUCACACCUUACAGUAAGUAGGUAAGAAACUGAGCCCCCAGAGGGGCUGGCAACAAAUGCUUCCUCCCAAGUCCUUUCCAUGUGUAUCUACAUGUAAUAUGAGAUUUGUAAAGUCAUAUUAGUAUGUGUAGAUUAUAUAUAACUCUGCGUACUUAUAUGGUGAUUUCUUAUGGCAUUGACUGU